UUCCUACAUGACUGUCUUUGCAGACACUGAUGCACUAUGCUGGGAGCAGGAAUUCUGUGGAGCAUGGUCUUCCCCUUCUGGAGGUCUACUGCCUGUCCAUCAACUGCUUUGCUGCUGCAAGGCCACACCUCACUGCAGACUCUGAUAAUGUGGCCCUCGUGUUAAAGAGACUAGCAUUGUGAGUCAACUCAGAGUAAAAACGUGUUUGAAACUGUUAAGGUUGUACCAACAUACAUUUCUUCUUUUUUUUACCUGAGCAGUACCACACUUUCUACUGUGUGCUGCAAUACAUAGCCUGUCGUCUUAAAAAUGUUUGUGCUGCAUGUUAGAAAUAGAUAACAUUGUGUCAUGAAGUUUCACAAGUUGCCACUUGUUCCUCAUUGUGUCUCUUUGUUAUUUUGCUUUCAGGAGCUGUUUUGAACUGUUGCUGUCUGUGCCUGAAAACGAAAUCCCUUAUGAGGCCUGGGUUCAAUUUUACCGUUCUGUUCAGGUAAAGGAUGGGGUCUGUUUGAUAAUAAGUAAAUGUGUUGUGAAAGCAUGAGAGCACAUCAGCAGGAGAAUUGAGAGAAGUUGCAGAAGUGAUUUUAUUUCCAAUCCAAAUCUUGAUAUGAGGGCUGUGCUACAUGAACUACUUUACCCUGCUGUCACUUUUAGCUGAAGGGACAUUUGUGGCCCAACCACUUUCUUUGUGUGUGUUCUUGCGGAUUUCGCAGGUGGCCCAUGAUGCCUUGUUGGAGUAUGGGAGCACAGACCUGCAAGCCUUGCUCGAGAUCACAGGAGAGGGGGGAGCAUGGAGUAACCCUGUCCUAAGCGCCCUUCUCACCGGUCAGCCCACAAACACAGAGGAAGGUCAGUAUCACCACCUUACUGCAUUGACAUGGUAAUGAUGCACAAGGAAGCAGCAGUGACUAAUAAGGCUGAUCUUGUGAUUUUGAAGUAUUGGUAUUAGUCAUCCAGCCACUGCAGCUCUGUCAUUGUCCUUCAGUUGAGGCGUACAUUGCCUUGGAGGGGGAGGGCUUCAUGGAGAUGCGGGUCAAACACCUGGAGAAAGUGGGGGAGGUGGCGAAGGCUGUGGUGCUGGCUAAGUCCUGUGCUGAAUGCAACCUCGUCUCCAACCAAACCACCUUCCGGCAGACCUACGUCGCUCUCCUCUGCCACCUGCUGCCCGGUGAGGAGGCCAUCAUGGAGGUCUGUCAGUGUGUUGUCGUGAGAACAGCAUCAUUUGUCUUUUAACUCAGCUCAGUUAUGUUAUUUAUACUGCUAUUUAAGUAGCGUUCAGAGAAAGCUGAAAGGAAAUGUGAUGGCACAGUGAAUCUGACAGUUGUGUGUUGUGCAAUCUUCACAAGUAGAGUAUGAACUCAUUCGCCCUUGAGAUGUAAGUGAAAUGGUCCACAAUACUGUAGUUCUAUGCAUGAUUUGGCCUUUAUUAUUUAUCCCACAGAUAUCCAGACUAGACUGUAAGGAUGUGCUGGAUAUUACAUGCAGUUUGGAGACAGAGGGGGAGGAAAACACAGCCUUCAUCCUGUGUACCACCUUCCUAACUCAACAGCUGCAGCAGCAGAGCUUGUACUGCUCCUGGUGAGUUUUUUAGUGGUCAAUGUCAAAUCUUGGGAAGCAUAUGGAUAAAUUGAAGUGAAUGAAUGUUAUGCACAUGAAUGAUCUCAUUUGCAGAGGGACCCUGAAUAAUCGUAGCCCAAUCUUAGUUCUGGGCUGGUGUGCAGUUUUUGGUCUUUCUAAUGUAUAUUUCUCUGUGCUGCUUCAUCUUUAGGGAGCUCACACUGUUGUGGAGUAAGCUUCAGAGAAGGAUUGACCCAUCUUUGGAAUCACUGCUGGAGCGUUGCCUGCAGCUAGGUGCCAUUGCUAAGACCGUUUACCAUCUGCUCUUCCUUGUGCACGUCAUUCGGACAGAGGUAGAAGAAUACAGCUUUUUCUCCCUCUGAUUUUGAAUGUCAUUGCAAUAAAUUGUUAAGCAGUUUUGAAUUGUUAUUUUAGUGAAAUAUUAGUUUUGAAAAUAAAUCUAAAUUUGUAGGCCACUGAUUCCCCUGUUUCUUCUACAGGCUGAGGAGCUAGGUCUGGCUUCGUCUGUGGAGUUAUGUGUUAAAGCACUACAGCUCCCAAACAAAGAGGACACAGAGACGAGGAUUUCUGUGUGCAAGACUGUAGCCUGCCUCCUAGCAGAUGAUCUUGAGGUGUUGCGAGCUUGCCAGCUGACAGAGUUUCUGUUAGGCCUCUCUCUUGUGGCCUUCAGCUCCCUUGAAGAGCUCUCUCUGCGGACCGAUCAGAAGUAUGACCAGGAAAAUGCCACCAUCCCCAACUCCCUGCGGUGUGAACUGCUCCUGGCACUUAAAGCCCACUGGCCUUUCGACCCCGAAUUCUGGGACUGGAAAACACUCAAGCAUCAGUGCAUCAGGCUGCUGGGGCUUGAGCCUGAGCCAGAGGAGGAUGAGGAAGAAGAGGAAGAGGGGGGGCAGGAGGAGGUUAGUCUUGGGCAGGAUGUAAAGGAGGAGGUGGAGAGGGGAUUUGUUGAUAUGCCAAGAGAAUACUUAAAUGGGACAAGUGUUGGAAUUGAUGGACAUGAGGGAAAUGAGAGGGACAGUAAACCAUCUUUAAAGCCAGAUGCUGAGGGUACCUCAGUACAGGGCUCACUGCCGAAGAAAUACAAGUUGUUCUGCAAGAUCUGUAAGAAACAUUUUACUGAAACGCGAAUCCUUCUUCACUCUAAGAGGCAUGAAAAAAACAGUGUUUUCACCUGCCCUGUCUGCCUGAAGAAGUUUAAGAGCAGAAAAGAUUUUAUCCCACAUACUAAACUACACCUUCGAAUGCCAUCCAGAAGCACUUGGCAGAAGAAAAAGGACAAACAGAGGAUUGAUUGGGAUAAAGAAAUGGAGGAGGAUGACUUUGAGCCUGGUGAGAUUGCCCUUGAUCCAUCCUUAAUGCUGUACUACCAGUCCACACAUGAUCCUGAUGUUCUGGAGCACAUUUUAGAACAAGCUUCAUCUGCACCCAGGAAGCCUGGACAUGAGGAUAAUGUCACAUUUGAUUACAUUAACUUUCAUUUUGAAUUGCAGAAUCGUGACAUAUACACAUGCCCUGCCACUCACUGUACAAAGACUUUUAAGCAUUCCAAGUACUUGGGUGUGCACUUAAAAUCUGAACAUGUUAGGGACCAGAACGUGAAACAUUAUUUUGAAAUGAAAGACCGUAGGGAAAAGUGCACUUACUGCCGGCGCCACUUCAUGUCUGCCUAUCACCACCGAAGACAUCAGCGUUUGCACUACGGUGACCUGCCUUACAUGUGUAUGGUCACAGGUUGUGGUGCUCGUUUCAGCACCUCCAAUGAGCUUCUCGCACAUAAGCAUAGCCAUGGCUAUGAACUUAGCUACCAGUGUGAGCUCAAAGGAUGUAGUCUUUCUUUCUGUGACUUGGGGCAGGUAUACCACCAUGAAGCACAGCACUUUCGUGAUGCUGCAUACAGCUGCGCAAGCCUUGAAUGCAAGAAGUUCUACUUUUCUAAAAAGGAAUUCAGCAGGCAUUUAGCGUCACACGGCAUUACCUUCUCUCAGGAAGACUUUGAGGCACAGAGGAAGGCCAUAAGAAAACAUCUUGACUCCAUAACUGAGGACAUAGCCAGCCCCAAAAAGUAUUGUGAAACAAAGACUGUACUGGAGGAGGUAGUCAAUGGGGGAAAUAAUGCUACUUCCUCUACAUGCAGAGCCUCCUCUUCACAUGUGUCGAGCUGCAAGGAGCCCAAAGGCACAAUGACAUUGGUUGCUGUGUGCUUUGAUGGAAAAAAGUUCACUUGUGGUUUUGAGAGGUGUGGAUUGACCUUCUCCAAAGCUAGAGAUGUUCACAAGCACCUGAGGGGUUUUCAUCCAGAGCAUUUCAAGGCAGAGAAUAAGGAACGCAAAAAUCUUGACAAAGAGGAGGGCUUGGAAUCUAAAGGUCUAAAGGUCAAAACAGAGCAGGACAAUGAUGACAAGAACAAACAUGAACAUGCAGCUUGUCUGCUAAUGAAGGGAUCAAGCCAGGGAAUUGCUUGCCCUUCCCUUAUUAAGAACAACACAACAUCUACCUCAUGCCUGGCCAAUGAUAAUGACCCUUUGAGAGAGAUUUUGAUUGGGCUUAGCCAGCUUAGUCUGACUCCCUCCAACUCUACAAAUGGAUAUUGUGAGCCCUCCCACCCAAUGUCAGAGUCCACCACAUCAAAGAUAUCCUGCAAUCAGGGUCUUGGCACCAUGUCCCCAGUUGUGUUAUUGCAAAAGAGAGCACCACCCGCUGUUGGUGAGAGGAUGAAAUUGACAUCAACCCCUGAACCAUCAGUAGCCCACGGUCUACCCUCAGAGCAACACUUAGAGUCUACUAAGCCAUACUUCUGUGAGCUUAAUGGCUGCAACUUUAGAUGUGUGAUGAGCACUACCCUGAGGCGCCACUACAUGAACAAGCAUCAUUUCUCAGAGGAGAAGGUGAAAGGAAUGAAGAUCCUCAAGUCACUGACAUUUAAGCCAUUUAAGUGCCACCUCUGCUUCAAAUGCCAUAGAGAGAAGACAGACUUGAGGGUUCAUUAUCUUCAGACUCAUAGACUUAGCGAGGCAGUUGUGGAGAAAAUGAGCUGGUCUAAAAAGUGGGUUGAGGGUAAACCCCCAGAACCCACCAAGCCCACAGUCUCCCUUAUACACAAAUCUCAGACCCUCACCUGGCAACACCCCUCCUGGCAGCAGAAGUACCAGAAAAAGAAAGUAAUGUGGAGGCGACAUGUGGAGGGACAUCCUUCCGUGCUUUCAGAAGACCCAGCUUUACAGAAGUUUAGGUGCAGCUACGCCAACUGUAAUGCCUCUUACCUCCUGAACAGUAGCUUGGUGCGUCACUUGGAGAGUGAGCAUCCUUACCAGGCGAAGAGUAGCCUAAAGCAUCACAGAAAGAGUAAUCAUCCUUACCAGGCGGCCGUGUGCUGCAAGUACGACGGCUGUACCCAAGUGUUCACCCAAAGCAGUAGUCUGAAAAAACAUGUACUCUCUAGCCACCUCAAUUACUAUGAUUCACUCGUAUUGCGUCUCCAGAAUACUCACAACGACACUUCAGUCACUGGUUGCCAAAAGAAGUUGAUCUUCACAUCAUCUACGCUACAGAAAGAUGCAACCAAGCUACCUCUCAGGCAAUCUCUGAGACACUGCCCAAAGUCUCCCGAAGAUGUUAAGGCUGAAGAAACUAGUGAAGAGCAUGAUGAAGAUGAUGGUGAAAUGUUGAAUGUUGACCAAAGUAUUGUAGAGUCCAAAUCAAAACACAAGUUUGAAGAUAUGGUCUUCCGUUCCCAUGAGGAGGCCUUGCAGAUGUGCCAAGAUCGCUGUCAACGUGAAGCCUACCCAUGCAUGGUGCAGGGUUGUGAUUCUGUAGUCAAAUUGAUACGUAGUAUGCGCCGUCACUAUUUGAAUUGCCACAAAUUAACCAAUCAGGCUUUUGAAUUGAAUGAGAAUAAGCUUGUGUUUAGUGCAGAGCAACUGGAGGAGCUGAUACAGAGGAAUACUGUAUUAUCUGCUUGGCCUGAUAUGACGAGGGCACCUAACGGAGUUCUGAAGAUGGAGUAUCAAGCAGAGCCAGAGAACCCUGGUGGUCCAUCUGUGCCUAUGAGUCUGCACUCCAUCAAAGCAGAAACCCUUGAUGACCAUGACCCACUGGGGUUCAAAGAGGAGCCACCUGCGGAGAGGAAUGUUUUGGUUGGUGCAGAUGACUUGCUUUAUGGAGAACCUACUGGGCACACGGAGGACCCUGCUACUCAGAACAGCCACAGCCAAGAGGCAAGGCCAAGGCGAAAAUCCUCAAACCCGCCUGCUCUUGAUCUCUCUCCACCAUCCUCCCUCCGAUUCAGUGUUGAUGAGGGCUUCAUGGACAGUUCAGGCAAACCAACAAACAUUGUGUCCUUGUCCUCUCCUCAAGCCCGCCAGCCACUUAAACGUAAGAACGCGCUCUCUGACCACCCACCCAUUUCAAAGGACCCCCAGCCUCAAAUCCCUCCCCCUCACACAUUUGACCUGGCUACUUACAAACCUAUGGGAUUCGAGUCGUCUUUCCUGAAGUUCAUACAGGAGAACUCCAAGGAUAAGGAUGCUGAGAGGCCCCAGGCUUCUCACUGCAACAACCACAGGCCUGAUCCAACUGUGGUGUCAGCUCGACAGCGGGAUUCCUACAGACAUAGCUGUUCUGUAAAGGAGAACAGCCAGGUGGGCCUCACUACUACCCAUAGCAGGCGGGCUCAGUCUUCCCCACUUAAGACUCUUCCCAGGACAGGGGACACAUCAGUCCAGAACUUGCGCGUCAUCUUAGACAAGGCUCUUACAGGUUGUGGUGACCUAGCCAUUAAGCAGCUGCAUCACCUCAGGCCCGUGGUGGUUCUUGAGAGGCCAAGGUUUUCCACUUCCUUGCUUGACCUCUUCCCCACAAAAAUGAAUGAUAAGCUAAUUCUCGAAGGUUCGUAG